AUGGCGGCUGUGUAAGGUGGAAUUUGUCCAGCUUGAUGUCUAUUUUAUACCUACAAAAUGGGCAGUAGUGAGUCAACAAGACGAGUGACAGUGGAAAGAGAUGCAGAAAGUGAAAGUGUAGGCGUCGUAAGAGUUUCAGAACGUGUAGUUCGACGUUUACAAGGAAAGAAAGAUCUUCCAUUACAAAGCAACGAAAACUUGACCCCAGAGGAAAUCAAUAAAUUAUGGCGAGAGUUGCAGAGUGAAAAAGCCCAUCUUGAAGCUCAGAGGCAUAAACUGGAAGGACUUCUACAACAGGCAUUUGAAGAGGGAAGAGGAUCUGUUGCAAAUAGUGAAUUCAGUGAAAAUGUCAACACAGAGGAACUAGGCAGACUAAAAGAGGCCUACACACUUAAAGAAAAUCAACUAAUUAGUGAAAUAGAAAAUCUAAAACAACAGAAUGCUAAUAUAGAUGCUCUUUGUGAAAAGGAAUUCAAUGCAGCAGUGAAUGAAGUUCAAGAAAAAUUUAGACAAAAUCAUAGACCAGCAGUCUGUUCAAGUUUACAGCAACAAGUUAUUGACUGCUACCAACAGUAUCCCCAACAAACUCUCCGUUGUUCACAAUUUGUAAAGGAUUUUCAGCUAUGUGUACAGAAAUCCAGAUUGGGCUCACUUCAAGAUGCCAAAUACUAAACAAACAUUUUUUUUAAUAUAAAAAAGUAGCAAAACUACUUGUUCAUUGUAGUUAUGACAAGCAAGUUCCUUGAAGAAACAUGACCAUGUCAAUUCCACUGACUGAAAAUUUCUAAUCAUGCAUAGCUGUUGUGUUUUAUUGUCACAAAUUGAAGUCAAGAAAUAAACUAAUUGUCCAGAAAAGACUGUUUAA